AUGGCAUGCGUGCAUGUAUUCGUUGGGCAGUGUGGGAACCAGCUUGGGACCCAAUUUCUUGACAGCCUCGUAGCUGAGGCGUAUGCGAGUGAUGUGGAUGACGGGUUUUCAGCGCAGGUGUCAUCGCUUCACUUCCGACCGGCGCCGGCGCCGCGGGGCGGCGGGGUACAUGAUGGUGCCGCAACGUCUCCGCUCCCGCGCUGUGUGAUGAUUGAUAUGGAGCCCAAAGUCAUUGAGGGCAUCCUCAAGAACACCGCGGGUGGGGGAGCGUACCGGCCGCAUGUACGGCAAUGCAUUACCCGCGAUGAGGGUAGCGCCAACAAUUGGGCCUGUGGUUACUUCCAGCAGGGCAGCAGCAGGAAGAAAGAGAUUGUCGACGCACUGCGCCGCGAGGGCGAGUCAUCGGGGAGUGUGAGCGCGUUUCACGUGGUGCACAGCGUUGCGGGUGGGACGGGCUCUGGGGUUGGCUGCCUGGUCGCCGAAGCCGUACGGGAGGAGUUUCCUCGUGCGUUGCUCCUACACUCUGUCGUUUGGCCCUUUACCACGGGCGAGGUGGUGACGCAGUGGUACAACUGCGUCAUGGCAAUGAGUGCACUGCGCGACACCGCCGAUGCCGUUUUUAUGGCGCACAAUGACGACUUUGGUGAUGUCAUCUCCGCAAGCAAAAAAAGCGUCGGUGGUGCUCACCGUAGCGAGGUCUCAUUUGCAAGCAUCAACGACGGCAUAAGUCGUCUGCUGGUGGAUAUGCAUCUCCCGCAGAGUGUAUGCCGUGUGACGCAGCGCUCAUCCACAGCACCGUUAGCAGCCACUCCAAAGCACAUUAAUCACCUGCACUCACGCAUGCCACUGGAGGCUGAGCGGGUGCGUUCCCGCAGCCCCCCUGCGAGACCGCUGCGACACGGCAGCGUGGCAGACCUUGUGGAGUCAGUGGCACUCGACCCGGCACUGAAGUUUUUCUCCGGCGCCUCGGUCGCCAAUGAUGCAGCUAUUCUCCCCGGCGGAGGAAGAAGCGGUGGCAGUGGUGGGGUGGAGGACAAUUCAAUGUCGUGGCAGAGUGUUGUGCGGCAAGCAGCACGCAGGUCCGCAGAGCUCUUUCCGCCAUUUGCCGGUAACUGCAUCAGUGGAGUGGUGCCGCAGCGGCCUGUUCUCUGGAGUCUGCGUGGUCCUGCUGCCUGUAGCGAGGGGCUAUCCGCGCUUCAGGCGGUUACUGCGUUGUCCCCCUCACUUUUCUCGACGGAUCUCCUCCUUUUGCACGAGAAACGCUAUCGUGGGCACGCAGCUCACGUGUCGCUCUUUGGCCCCACACGCGACAUUGGAGUGCGGCUGUGCACAGCGCUGGAGUGUACCGAGCAACUGCUGUCCGUUGGGGCAUUUACGCAUCACUUUAGUCGCUAUGGUGUGGAGGUGGAUGAUCUGCGGGACGCUGUUGUGCGGUUGUGGGACACUGCGGUGGUGUAUGCGUCUGCAUGA